AUGACGGAUCACGAGAAUUCGAGCAUCAAGCACAGUGACCACCUGCUCUUGGACCAACCUCUUCUACGCCUCCCCAACGAGCUGCUACGCAAAAACUUCCGAGCUGCACACUUCGCCAUCGAAAAGGACACCUCGACGCUCAAGACGCUCCUCCGAGACUCGGCGACCGCAGCGCUCUCCGGCCGGGCCACCCAGCAAGAUGUACUGAAGAAUCUGGACGCCAUGAUCAGCCGCAUGCGAGGCGUGAAGCGCAAGCUGGGUGCCUACGCCGACGAAGAAGCACGGCUGCACACCCAGACCGCGGCGCGGAUACAGCACCUUGAUGAGCUGUAUACGAUGCACAGCAUCGAAGAUGUCAAGUACGAGGCUUGGAGUAGGAAGAGGCUGGAUCGGCUGCUGGCUGAUUAUCUGCUGAGGCAUGGGUACAACGACAGUGCGAAAGAGCUGGCAAGCGAGAAGAACAUGGAGAAUCUGGUGGAUGUCGAUACGUUUGUUAGCAUGAGCCGGAUUCGGGAGGCGUUGCUGAAUGGGAGUGUUGCUGAGGCGUUGGCUUGGUGUACUGAGAACAAGAAGGAGCUUCGAAAGAUGGAGAGCAAGCUCGAGUUUAUGCUUCGAUUGCAGCAGUACAUAGAACUCAUCCGGACUCAGUCGCAGCCGAAACUUGUCGAGGCUAUUGCGCAUGCGAAGAAGUACCUCAUGCCAUACUGGGGCACAUACCCCAAGGAAGUCAAACAGGCAUGCGGCCUCCUAGCCAUCCCUCCCGACAGCUCAUAUGGUAUAUACAGCGAUUUAUACAAGAGCACUCGCUGGAACGAACUCGCCGACCUAUUUACCACCACCCACAACAGCCUUCUAUCCCUACCCUCCGUGCCAUUGCUACACGUGGCUUUGUCAUCAGGACUAUCGGCCCUCAAGACGCCAGCAUGCCAUUCCUCCCAUGCCGACGACAUCUACAACGACACAGGCUCUUCUUCCGCACUGGGCCACGGCGUCUGUCCCAUCUGCUCCACCGAGCUCAACGACCUGGCUCGCAAUGUUCCCUAUGCGCACCACACCAAGAGUCAUGUCGAGCACGACUUGUUUUUGCUGCCCAACGGCAGGGUGUACGGCAAGGAGCGCUUGGAGGAUUACGCCAGGAAAUCGGGCUUGUCUCCUAAUGAUGUUAAGGACCCUGUGACUGGGCAGACUUACCCGAUGGAUCUGCUUAAGAAGGUGUUUAUCACCUAA